ACAACACGUAUACAUCCCGAACGCGCUUCAUUUGAAUGUACAACUUAUUAAUACUGAUGGUUUGAAUUUAAAUGGUUGUUUACAGGCUGAAGCUUUAUUGUUUUGAGCGCCAACACAACCACAACAAUCGAUUGUACUAUGACAGAGCUCAUUAUAUUUCACAGUCUCAUUUCAAAUCGUGCUGUUUCCACUAAAACAAGGACAGGCAGGUUGUAAUCUGAUGAAAUGAUAAGCACUCUGAGGACUGGCACAUUGAUCUUGACACAUUUCCAUGAAGCCACGCCUCGUGUCUUGAUGCUGCUGUUGUAUUGGUAGGGCGCACAGUGUCCAGGACCGCAUUGGCUGUUGUGUUUCUUCUGUUUUUUUUUGUUUUUUUUUUCCAUAAGGGUCCCAAACUACACCGAGAUUUAGAAUAUUACGUUACAGUCCAGCAGGAAAAUGGCGACUGUCAUUCAUAAUCCUCUGAAAUCGCUCGGCGACCAGUUCUACAGGGAGGCUAUCGAACACUGUCGCAGCUACAAUGCUCGCCUCUGUGCCGAGCGCAGCGUCCGCAUGCCCUUCCUGGACUCGCAGACCGGCGUGGCGCAGAACAACUGUUACAUCUGGAUGGAGAAGCGCCACCGCCAGCCAGGCCAGGCAGCAGGACAGAUGUAUACCUACCCCGCUCGCUGCUGGAGAAAGAAGAGGCGACUCCACCCACCCCUGGAUCCCCAGCUCCGCCUGUGCGAGCUCCGGCUAGAAGCCGAGCUGGCCCCGAAGCGUGAGGGUCCCCCGGGGGAGGCCACAGCCUUGGAGGCCCUCCUGAGGGCCGACAAUCUGCUGGAGAAAAAAAACAACAUCUGCAAGGAAGAGGAGACGUUGCUGGAGAUACAGAGAGUUCUGGAGGCGGAGGAAAACGGGGACGGUUUCCACGAUGACGACGACUUUGAAUUGGAUACUCCGAAGAGAAAGAACAGAAACAGAGGCAAAAACAGAGGAUCCACUCGCAGAAGGACAGAGCCCGUUAACACGGACGACCAGGACAAACCUUUCGUCUGUGACAAUAGAUACAAACAAAAGCAUAACUCAAAAAAGGCUGAAGAAGUCUGCGGUAAGCGCUACAAGAACCGGCCCGGCCUGAGCUACCACUACACCCACACUCACCUGGCCGAGGAGGAGGGCGAGGAGGAAAAGGAAGCAGAGAUGCCCCCGUCUCCUCCACGUUAUUCAGACAACCACAAACCUCAGAAGGGCCCAGACGGCGCCAUCAUCCCCAACGACUACUGUGACUUCUGCCUGGGAGACCAGGACUCCAACAGGAAGACGGGCCAGGCCGAGGAGCUGGUGUCCUGCUCCGACUGCGGGCGCUCCGGUCACCCCACAUGUCUGCAGUUCACCGACAACAUGAUGCAGGCGGUGAGGACGUACCAGUGGCAGUGCAUAGAGUGCAAGUCCUGCAGCAUCUGCGGCACCUCGGAGAACGAUGACCAGCUGCUGUUCUGCGAUGACUGUGACAGAGGAUACCACAUGUACUGCCUGAAGCCUCCGAUGACCGCGCCGCCAGAAGGGAGCUGGAGCUGCCACGUGUGUCUGGACCUGUUAAAAGACAAAGCCUCAGCCUACGGAGAAGCGUAACUAACUCCUGGACAUUCACACACAUACACACAAUAUAUAUAUAUUUGUAUAACUGUUUGACAUACCUACUCAUUAGCAAAAAAACAAACAAAAAACAACGUUAUCUCGGACAGAAUCGAACACACACGGAUGCAGACGCUCUCCACACACACUCCAGUGCAUUACCAGGCUCUCAGGGUAGAUCCUCGAGCUCUCACACAAGCCGAGCAAACACUCCCAGACGCAAAACGCCAUCAGCAUGCAAUCUCGCCCGUUAAGUCAGCUAACGGCAGGCCUGCCAUGCAGUCAUUUCUCUACCUCACCACUCGGCAGACGGCGGACAAGCCAAAGCAACACGACGGCCAAUACUGUGUAGCGCAUGUGAACGUGAAACACAUGCUGGUUUGAAACCACACAUCUGAAAGUCCCUGGAUGUUUUCCCCCCCAUGAUUUAAAUGUAUUUGAGUUGGAAGUCGUUGGUCCAAGAGUUUGUGCUCGAGCUCUACAGCUUGGAGGGGGAGCUGACCGGGUUUGACUGAUGUUUGUUUAAGCUUCUCCUUCCAGCUCCUCUCCUCUCCUGUGUUUAGACUUUACAGUGACAUCCCCUUUUCAUAUAUCUGGACAGACUCAAUGUAAGUCAUGCCAUCUCUCACAGGUUUAGAGAUUCAUGUCUGGCGCUAAGAGGAAACGGCGGCGAUAAAAAAUAAAAAAAAACAGCCCCGACGAUCAUUCCUGUCGGCGCGUGGUGACAUUUCGAAUCCGCGUCUGCGUUUUGUAUCUUAACCGUUACUACAAUACCAUGGUGCUCAAUUUGACACUCUACAGAAAAAAGAAAUUGUAACAUUUCUUUACACGGAAUGAAAAGCUUAUUUAUUUAUUGUUGAUAAUGGUCCAAUGUUACUGCCAAGGAGAUCAUUGUUACUGUAAAUCAGUGGUUCCCAAACUAUUCUGUAAGGCCCCCCAAAAAAAUUAUUCCCACCUCAUCCAAAUGUGUAACGUGAUUGCAUUUUUAUCAGCCAGUGGGGAAUUAGUAAGAAAAGGAGCUGAAAUUUAUUGAAAUAACUUCAUGCAAACAUGCUUUCAUUCGUUCUCUCAUUAUGUCCUGGUGUUCAACUGAGACACAAGCUUGAGCUCUGCGCCUAUAUUAAGCAUGAACUAAUGCUAACUACAUGCUGUCUUGCUAGCGUGCAUAUUGAGCCUUGCUAGCAUCAGAGCACUUUUGUUUCCUUGUUGUUCCCAAACAGAUAUUUCUGUUUCAUCAGCCUUUUUCUGCAGCAGACAGUUUCACUAAAGCAGCAAAAAGCACGAGCGGACCUAACGACUAUCACCCGUCUUGGUUAGCUUGGCCACUUUUGCUAUGUCCAUCAAACUUCCCAUUCCCUGACAAGUCAAGUCAAAUUUAUUUGAAACAUUUAUAGUUGACAGUGACAAUUGGGGCAGACUUACCACUUAA